AUGCCAUUCAGACAGGCGCUUCAGGGCAUUAUAGACAAGGCAGAUAAGACUUGGGGCGAAAUAACCAAUCAAAACCCUCAGCCGGUGCCAUCGUACAACAAUCCUCCCCCACCGCCUAUUCCAACCUCAAGCAAGCCACAACAACCUUAUCAGGGACAGUCCUGGCAACCCCAGAUCUACUGGCGACCCAAUUUGGACCCUCAAGUACCAGUGUCCGCCAACUUUGGUCAUGAACAAGGUCAACAUGGAUGGGGCAACAACGAGGCGCAGAAUUACGUCGAUAGCCCGCACAACUCAUUCCACUCAACCCAGGGCGAUGCGGUGAUCGUGCGAGCAUUGAUCAACCAUGGGCAUCCCGAUCCCGCACAGAAGUUUACCAGCGCCCGACUGACGAGCCAUCAGACCCUCGGCCGACCGCGAGGCUGUCUCUCGGCCAGAAUUAUUGCCCCGGUUGCCCGAGGUAUCUGGCCCGCCUUUUGGCUGCUGCCUAAAGACCCCUUCAAGUGGCCCGAGGAUGGCGAAAUCGACAUAAUGGAAGCUUGGAACGGCGAUGCUGUCAACCACACUUGUCUGCACUGGGGACACUUCAACGGCGACGACUGGAACAAGCAUCGCGUUCUCGAAACCCCCAUCCCCAAUAUUACCUCGCCGGUCGGAGUGAAGUACGAUUUUAUCUGGGACGAGGACGAAUCAACCGGCAGGGGGCGCUUGGUCUGGUUGAUUGAUGGGAUGCCUAUCAUGAGGGCCGAGAAGCCACCCGGAACCAGGAAGAUGAGUGAGUUCAGAAUCCUCCUCAACAUUGCUGUCGGAGGCAAUGUCUGCCAGGGAAAUAUGCCCAGUGAUGGAUACUUUGAUACGGUGGUGCGAGAGUUGGCCAUGUGGGACGCACCGCCUGGGGGGCUGGCAAGAAUUUGA